AUGGUAAAUGUAAAGGGGGUGCUGAGAGCCACCCUAGCACCCACCCCCGGACAAAGAGUCCAUUCACCCACAUAUGACCCUGAUCUGAAGCAAAUAUUACAAAACAAAUAUCUCCGGCUUGCUCAUAGCACGAAUAGCCUGACGUUGGUUCUUCAAGCCCGUCCCAAAGGAGAAGGACUGACUCCGUACCAGGGGAAAAAACGCUGUUUCGGUGAAUACAAAUGUCCCAAGUGCAAGAGAAAAUGGAUGAGUGGAAACUCCUGGGCCAACAUGGGACAAGAAUGUAUCAAGUGCCACAUUAACGUCUAUCCUCAUAAGCAGAGACCCCUAGAAAAGCCCGACGGCCUUGAUGUGUCCGAUCAGAGUAAAGAACACCCUCAACACCUGUGCGAGAAAUGCAAAGUCUUGGGCUACUACUGCCGCCGUGUGCAAUGAACCAACCGGGAUCACCUCUGCUUGCCGCCUUUCGAGAUCCUCUCGUAGCACACAGAGAGAAAACAGCGGAUGAGAGCCGCAAACGUUGCCAAUAUUGCCUAUCAAUAAACUAAUAAUAUGCCUUACCUUUAA